CCCACUUCCCGUACGUUUAAACCAAGAUCGUGUUUUGAAACAGUGCUAGAACUCUCUAGUGCCAGAUUACAACAGUAUAAACCUGGCUUCUUACACGUGUUGUUCGACAUCUGGGUCCGCUAGCACGAAAGUAAAUGAAUACUCCCUCGGAAGAAAAUGAGAAAAGACAUCGCGAGAACGUUUCUACGCCUGAAAGUGAACCGAAUGUGCUGGAAGCAAGCACGGUGAAGUGUUUUCCCGCUGUCAAACGCAGUUUUCGUCAAAAACAGAGUAAUUGGAGAUGGAGAUGGAAGUAUUUCACUCGGGCCCUGCAGCCAAUCUCAGAACAAGGCGAAAACACAAGAGAUGAUGUAAAUAAAGUUGAUGAGAAUGACCGAAAUUCAGCAGGGGUUGGGAGUAAUGAAAGGGAUCUAGAAAGAGAGAGCAUAGAUUUACACAAUAAAGAUAAAGUGGAUUGUGCUUAUGACUUAAAGGAUGAAAAUGGUGGAAAUGAUAAUCAAGAAUCACUGGCAUCUAAAGAAGAUUACAGUGCCUGUAACAAACUAAUUGAGAAGUUUCAAGAAGCAGUGUUAGACAAUGCAGUAAGAAUCAUCCAAGCUGCUUUUAAACGUUUCAGAGAAAGACGUCAUUUUCUGAAACUAAAGAAAGCAGCCACUGUAAUACAAAGGAGUGUAAGACAGUGGCUUCAAUUAAGACAGACUAAUGAAUGGCCUCGGCUAAAAUUUCCAAAGCAUGAAGGAAAGCUUGAAAUGGGGAAACAAAAGAAUGGUUCAAAGCCAGAUCCACUGAAUGCAGAUGUUGACUAUAGUCAUGCUGAAAGCAAGGAAAAAGAAGAUGAAAAACAACCAUCAAAUGAAGGAUUUGAGGAUAAAAGAGCCAACUGCCAGUGUAACUGCAAGGAACUGAUUCAUGGUAAGGAUGAAAUUUGUGCACAAGAAUCAACUGCAGAUGAAACUGACCAAUUUGACAUUUCAUUUGAUAGUCUUGACACUGAGUCUUUCAUGGGGAGUGCUGAUAAUCUCAGUGAAACAGAUGUCUGCAUAGACCAGAAUGGAGAGAAUUGUGCCAUUGGUGAUGCAGAUGCUCUCUCACUAGCUGACAGUGGCAUCGACAUGUGUUCUGAUACUGUCCAAGAAGUUGCCAUUAUUGAGGAAUGUGAAUUUUCCAAGAUUGAAAGUACUUUUCCAAAUACCUCAAAUUCGUUUACAAGUGAAACAUCUUAUGACCAAAAAUAAGAAGAAUUUGAUCCUCAUUGGCAUAAGAAUAUCUUGGAAAUAUUUCAAAAUCUCAAAAAAAAUUUUCCUUUACAGAUUUAUCUGAUAGGUGAAAGUGGACAUAAGUGAAUCUUGGGGGUUUUGUCACUUUUCCUUUUCUUCUGUAUAGUUUCUCAGUGAAAAUAUCAACAAUAUCUUGAUCAUAUAAAUGUAUUGAAGUUUAAGUGAUUGGGUUGAAAAACAAGAAUCAGUGCUCAAUAUAAAAUGUAUUCUAAUGCAGAUUAGAGCUAUUAGUAUUUUUCUCAUGUUUUAUUUUUAACACUUGAACUAUGGACCCAGCUUAAUUUUCAGCUCUGAUGACAAUUCACCCCAUCAGUUUCAAGUUUCUUUUCUUUUCAAGUAUUUUUUCCUACAAUUACUUUCAUUGCAAGUAGUUGCUCUUCAGAUGAUUUCAACACAACUCAACCUGCUUAUAAUGUGAAUCCAAGAAGUGAUUAAUUUGGAACUUCUCCAUACAAUAUUAAUACAUUGUUAAGUAAACUUGUGUUGAGAACAGACCAACUCAUCAGCCAGAGAUUGUCAUUUUGAUAUCACACUAAGUUCUCUCAACCAAUUUUCAGAGAAUUUUAUAACAACCCAACAGGAGAACUACUCUUCUCACAUGUGGAAUGAAAGGGUUAAAAAUAGAUGUUUGUAACAAGCUUUAGAAGCAGCUUCCAAGAGAUGGAUGGAUUGGGUUUUUUGAAAAUUUUCCCCAUUUGCUUACUAGAUGAGCCCACAACAAAUUUUUGUUUGUAGGUGGUAAAUUUAAACUUUGCAAGCUGGUUAGCUUGCAUCACAGUCAGUCUUUACUGCCAGUAGAGAUGCACUGUACCAUGGAUUUUAUCAUGCAUCCAGCUGCCAUGCAGGCUACUAGCUGGUAUGCCAGAGAAGUGUGUCAAAAUAGUUGCACUCACUUGGAAUAGAGGACUUGUUCCAUUCUUCUUAGACAUUGAAAUGAAUAAGAUAAAAUUUAGACAUGUUUGUAUGCCAUUGGAGAAGUCAUUCUUAGUUGGGAUGUGGCUGUAAUGAGAUUUGAAUCUGUGGGUUGGGUUUUCUGAUCUAAACUUAUUUCAAAGUAUAUCUGCACAGUCCUAAUUCAGAUAACUUGAAGUUUGUAUAGUUCACCUUUCUUGAAUUCUUAAGCUGUUUUUUUUUUUGCAUGCUAAUAGCCAAAAAGUAUAAGAAUACCUGUAGUUAGCAAUAACACUUUACUAUAGUCCCAUCCCUAAAAGGAAAGGGGAAAGUAUGUGAAGUAUGAAAUAGUCAUUUUUAAUUCAAUUUGUUGUCCAAAGGUCCCAAAAAAAUGCAUUUAAAGUGGUUUAAAAAAUUUUGUUGAAUUUUAUAUUGAAUUGUGUAUAAAUUAUGGCAGUUGCAUAUUGUCUUCCUCAAUCUUCAGGCAACCAGAAUAUUCAAUGCUUAUUUAUGAUAAAUGCAAGAAAAAUUUUUAAUAAAAUCUGGAAUUGACAAA